AUGGGGUUCCAUGCUUCGUCAUCAAUAUUUCACAGAGUUGUUCUUGACCAGGUCACGGGCUCGUCCACGUCUCUUAUUCGCCCUCAAUCGAGAGAUGAGUUGGAGCUUCUUCUCAACGCCUCAGCUUCAGAAUCCAUAUGGGAAUUCGGUAUCUCUAGAGGCGACUUUUCAUAUGAAACUCUCUCAACUCAGAGGCAUCUAUACAACGUUUUCUUGUCUCACCUCUGGAUUGAUGUAUUUCUCUCUGUGCGGAUCUCACCAAAGAGAGUGAUGAUGGAGUGCCUGUGA